CUCCACCCAAGCCCAACAAGAAGUCCCCCACUGCUAAGCCUAGUGCUGCUACGCCUACUCCAUCCUCAUCAGCAGCAGCCCAUCCGCACCCGCACCCGUACCUCGCUUCGGCGUCGUCGUCGUCGUCGUCGCCGCCGCCCCCCGAACCGCGCAAGAACAGCUCCGCUGCUCGCGAACGACUGCACCCGCCGCAUGCACCGCCAGACGAGCACCCUCGUCGCGCGCGUUCCCAGCGCACCCACCACCACCACCCUCAUCACCACUCCCACCAGCAGCAGCAGCGGCGCUCGUUGUCCAAAGUCCGCCACCAGCAUCCUGGCCGCUCCACUGACGCUGGAACGGAACCUGUUUUUCGAGCAGCUGCUGGCAACCGCCCGCUCUCAGUAACGCAGCGCACUUCACGUGAGCUUUUCGGCGACAACUUCGAUGCAGACACGCUAUUGGCCAUAAACGCCAUCUACGCCAACGACGCCAACGACGCCAAUAACACUGCUGCGCAGCAAUCGACGCCGGCGAAUUACGCAGACGCGCCGGGCGCAGCACGAGCGCAGCUUCAGCAGCCGUCGGAACCGUCGUCUGCUGCAACGCUAUCGCAAACAGAUCAGACCACUGGAAACCACAGCUCGGAGGCUGCCAAUCCCGCAGUGCGUUUGUCGCAGAUACUGGGCGAGGCAGGCAUGGACGGGCUCACGUCGCCAAAUGGCAUCAAUUCGCGCCAGAGGUACAGCGACGAGACGAAGGAGAGCAAAGUGCUGAAAAAGAAGAGCGGCUUUUCAAGCCUGAUGUCAAGCCUGGUCGGUGCGCCACGAAAGCCUACCAUAUCAGCACCUGAGAACCCCGUGCACGUCACGCACGUGGGCUAUGAUCAAGAGACUGGAGAAUUCACGGGACUUCCCAAGGAGUGGCAGAGGACUCUACAAGCCAACGGCAUCACCGAACAGGAGCAGAAGAAGAAUCCACAGGCAAUCAUCGAUGUUGUCACGUUCUUCAAUGAGAACAAUGACAAUGGUAGUGAUGACUGGACGUAUCACAAAUUUGAUCAUGCGAAACCAUCGGAAAGCCCGCAGGGCUAUCAGUCUGCUCUGAGUCCAGGAGGGUAUGUGUUGAGUCCGCCUGCAAGUCCACGGUUUCCCAAGAACGAAGGCGAGAGCUUCGAGAACCCCAGAGCGCCGCCACCCGUACCGCGAGGAUCAAGUCAAGGCUAUGGCAUGAGCUCACCCAUCAGUCCUCAAAUGAAUGGCAACAUGCUGCCCUUGCGGCCUGCACCUAGACCACCCGGAAGCCAAUCAUCCAAUAUGAUUCCACAACGACCAGCACCGCCAGUGCCAGGUUCGCAAAGAGAUCAGCCUCGCACUGAAGAUGGAUUGCCAGCUGUCAGAUACGCGCCACCUACUGUAACAGACAUCUCAUCAAAUACCCAGCCCAUGCAGAACAGGAGUCGUGCCAACACAGGACCAACGUACCAGUCCCAGCAACAGCAGCAGUCUCCUAUAUCUUCUCCGCACCAGUAUCAGCAACAGCAAGAGCAGGCCAUGAAAGCAGCCCAGCAAGCACUCAAGCAGGCGUCGCUAGAGCGUUCACAAUCGCAACGACACCCAUCCAACAACGCCUCGCACCAUGAACAACAGCAGCAGCAGCAGAUAGCACCUGCCUCAUCCGAUACACGCCAAGUACCACAUCCUGCGGCUGUCGAUCCCAGGGUCGGCCCUGCACCUAGACCUCGACAGCGUCCUCGCCAAUCAAUCACUAAUGCGGAAGUCCUUAAUAAGCUCCAGCAUAUCUGUAAUGCGGCCGAUCCUACUAAAAAAUACCGCAAUCUCAUCAAAAUCGGCCAGGGAGCUUCUGGUGGUGUGUACACAGCCUUUGAAGUCGGGACGAAUAAGUGUGUGGCCAUCAAGCAGAUGAACCUGGAGCAGCAGCCCAAGAAGGAUCUGAUCAUCAACGAAAUCCUGGUCAUGAAGGACAGCAAGCAUAAGAACGUGGUCAAUUUCAUGGACAGCUUCCUCGUCAAAGGUGACUUGUGGGUGGUCAUGGAGUACAUGGAAGGUGGCAGUCUGACUGAUGUGGUGACAUUUAACAUGAUGUCCGAGGGCCAGAUCUCGGCAGUCUGCCGAGAGACACUUCAUGGCCUGCAGUUUCUGCAUUCCAAGGGCGUCAUCCAUCGCGACAUCAAGUCUGACAAUAUCCUGCUGUCGUUGGAAGGCAGCAUCAAGCUGACGGAUUUUGGAUUCUGCGCCCAGAUUAAUGAGUCGCAUAUGAAGCGUACCACCAUGGUUGGGACACCGUAUUGGAUGGCACCGGAAGUGGUCACGAGGAAGGAGUACGGUCGAAAGAUUGACAUUUGGUCACUUGGCAUCAUGGCCAUUGAGAUGAUCGAAGGAGAGCCGCCAUACCUCACGGAAUCCCCACUCCGUGCUCUGUAUCUCAUCGCGACUAACGGUACGCCCACGAUCAAAGAGGAGCAUAAUCUCACGCCAGUCUUCCGAGACUUUUUGCAAUUUGCGCUCAAGGUCGAUCCGGAGAAGAGAGCAUCGGCCCAUGAUCUUUUGAAGCACGCUUUCAUCCAGACAGCUGAGCCUCUCGCAACCCUGGCACCAUUGGUUAAGGCAGCUCGGCUUGCUCGAGCAGAGGAACGCAAGAACAAAGGUUGAAAAGGAAUCUGACGAGUCAAUGGCAACGAGUCAGAUAGGGCCAGGAUAUAUAUCAUCGCGGCAGACCACUUGACUUGACGCAAACCACGACAGAACACUCGGCCGGCUACUGAUGCGUGGACGAGAGCGGCGAUGGGGUGGGGUGGGAGUGUGGCCCGGCCCAUAAGCUUCGGGCAUUCACCGUCCUUUUGCUAGACGAACAAAGUGCAGAGAAGAUACAUGAUGCGAUCGGGGGACCACGACAGAACGCUGGGGGAGCCCUGACGGCAGCGUGCGCGGGCUAUAGAGGGUACGGAGUUAUGAUGGCAUGAAGAAGCGACGGCGCGGUGGGAAUGGGAGUGAAAAGAGAUUCUUUGGUUAUUAGUAUAUCUAAAGCCCGCCCACUCGAUGGAAGCAGCGUGAGGCUCCAAAGCAAAUGACACGAUCAAUUGCAACCUACCAUGAUGUCAGCGGCGUGCGCUGCGAUGUUUUUUCAACUUCCGUUCAGUUUGUAUGUACCUCAGGAGGUAGGCAGGCAGCGGAGUCCGAGACAGAGAUAAAGUCCGAGAGGGAGGCGGAGGAGGGUGAGGUGGAGGCGGAGGAAGAGUCAGGUACAGGCACAGUACAGGAGGAGGAGGAAGAGGAAGAGGAGGAGGGGGGCAUCGGAG